AUGGACUCUGCCGCUUCUCUCAAUCGUUUGCUUGCAGUCUUGACAGAACGUGACAUUGGUCUGGGCUAUGAUGACUUGGCAUGGCUGUUCGACUCUCCUCAGACCAGGGAUUCCAUGAUCUCCUGGUCUCCUUCUGCAGAAGGACUGCCACGGCCUAUGCAAGAACCUGAUCUUGAAUCUGCCAUCGAUUCUUUGGAGAUCAGCACUGCAGCGAUAGAGAAGCAAACAGCCAUUCUGGAAGCCCAACGAGAUGCCUUGCAAAAGCUUCAGACACUCAAUAGAGGACCCACAUCAGCCAUGUCCAACACCGACGAAAAACGAUCAACUCAAGCACGAACAAAAGCCCAACUGGAUCUAGAAACAAACGAACUUACCGAGUCCGUCCGGCAACGCGUUAGCGUGACUAGGAGACAUGCAGAAUCGAGUCUGGACAUGCUCAAAACAUCCUCGCAACGCCAGCUAGACAAAGACGAUCGCCUGCUUGAUGGAUUACAAAAAGUCAUGUUCAAACUCGCUCCAUUAGAAUCGUGCGAAAAGCGACUUCCUGAUUUCAAUACCCUGUCGCGCGCUUUGGUCAAGCUGGAAGCCAAAAUUAUUAAAGACAGGACAAACUCCACCUAUGUCGAGGCCCUCGAUAGUCUAGCCAAUGAGACUGACGGUCUCGAGCAUGAAACAAAUGGACAAGCCGCGAUUGAGGCAUAUGCGCUGGCUCAAGAACUGGAGAGCUUGGUUACAGAAGUAGAUUCAGUCCUCGACAUGACCAUCAGCAGACGCUACCGAGCACCCAUCGUCAAUGCUCUGAAACUCUGCGACGCACAAGCUCAGCUCGAACAACAGAGCUGGCUCGAAUAUCUCGCCCAAAAGACCGAUAAUCUAGCCUCCUGUACUCAAGACGCGCUGGCCUACAACUCUACGAUCACGCGAGUCUCAGAUGCACUCACCGAAACACUUCCGCCACAGAUUCAACCACAGCCUAGACUCAAUAGAAAGCCAUCAGCCAGAAGCGCCUCACCCAAGAAGCUUACGAAUCCCAUCUUGCACCGUCAAGGAGCCAAAGAUCCUGUUCUGGAAAUACUUGGUCAUCACGGUAUACGCAUCCCCACCGAGACUACAGCAGACCCCGAGGCUGUGUCUCAAGCUUUGAGGAUAGCAGUGCUUGAACGUCAAUCACGCUUGCAGGAUUUGCAAAUGGCUACGGAACUCUCUGUGGCUGCUCAGGUGGCCGAAUCUAUCAACAUGGCCGAUGGGGAGUUGCAAACUCUAAUGGGAGCAUUGUAUGCUUAUUCUCCUUACGCCAAUGUGCACCUUACGGACAGUAAAGUCAAGCAGAGACUGGAGCAUCUAGAUCACGAGAUUGAGAGUCUGGGGGAUGGCAUCAAGAGGCUUGAUGUUGAUCGAUUGGCCGAGGCAGAACAAAGGAGACUCGCAGCCGCUCUCAAUAGCUCGCUCGAUUGA